AUGGCCAUGACGAAGCUCCCAGACUCGGUGGUGGCCAAAGUAGUAUCUAGGAGUGGUGUCCCAGUCGACCCUCUCUCUCUCUCUCUUUCUCUCUCUCUCUCUCUCUCUCUUUCUCUCUUUCUCCCUAGCGCCGAUUGUCGCAGGAGGAUGUCCAGGAAGGCGCUUGAGCACGACCAGCUCCUCCUUAUCCUCCUCCUCCUUCUCCUCGUCCUCCCAGCGCGCUUGACGAGACAACCCCUGCAGGGGCGUCUCUGGGUGGAGCCCAAGCCCGCUGUGCCAGGCCUGAUUCCAGAGUUCAGAUAG